AUGGCGUUACUUGAAAGUGGGAUCCCAGUAGCCACUCUCAACAAGAAGGCUUCCAAAGGUAAGAAAAGAAAACAUAGUUCUCAAGACGAAGAAGAAGUUUUUGACCCUUCUAUAACAAAAAUAAGAGACUCUACCGUUGAGAAAAAAAGGAAGAAGAAAAGUAAAAAGUCAAAGGUAAGUAAAGAGGAACAUGAGCCAGAUAAAUCAGAUAGUGCCUCUAAAAAGAAGAAAAUAAACGGACACAGAGCAGAACACGAAACAGACCAUAUCUCUAAGAAGAAAAAGAAGAGUAAGAAAAAAGAGGACAGUGCAAAUCUGAAAGGAGAAUUGAAUCAUAUCCUAAAAACGGAAAAAAAUGAAGAACAUAAAAAAAACAAAGAGUCUGGUCUUAUUCAAAAAGGGACCGUGAAUGAAAACAAAGUGAAAGAAGAACUAACUAACUCUUCAAAAAAGGUAACUACAAAGGAAGACAAAUCAGAAAAUGAACUAGACCAUGUUUCCAAAAAGAAGAAGACCAAUAAGAACAAACAAGCAUUAGCUAGCAAGGAAAAGGGCGAGCCAUCAAAACCAGGGUUUUCUUAUAAAUAUGCUGAAUCUGUUCAAAUUGAGCAUGCUGUCACAAAGUUUUUGGAAUCAUAUAAGACGAUUCUGGAAUUAUCGCCUAAUUUAAAGCUUUAUAAUCAAGCAAAGAAAAUACAAGGUGCAUUAGAUUUACCAAUCACGCAGGCCUUCUCAAGACCAUAUCUGAAAUUAGGAGCUGAAUUAAAGUCGAUAGGGGAACUAAAAAAAGAACCCUUUUUAAAUGAGAUUGUUAAUUAUAGUUCAAAAUACAACCCGUCAAAGUCAUCUCCGAUCCUAAGUAGAUUAGAAAAUGAUGAUGUUGAUAAAUUGUCUGAUUACUCUCCUACACUCCAACAAAAUAAUACAGAACUGGACGCACUCAAUGACGAUGACGAUUACGGGGAUGAUUACGUUCCAGCACCUGUUACUGAAACCAAGAAUGAGUCAAAUUCACCUGAGGAACAAGGCAUACCAAAAAUGCCUGAAAUUAAAGAUCCUGCUAUAAGGGCAAGGGUAUUUCUUCAUAGUUCUAUGCUUAACAGUAAAAAUUUCUUAACAAUAAGAGAUAAAGUUGGUGGUACCAACGAACGGUUAGAAUUUUUAGGUGAUUCUAUUCUUAACACGGUAAUGACUAUGAUCAUAUACAACAAAUUUCCUCAUUAUAAUGAAGGAGAAUUAUCACGAUUAAGAGUGGAAUUAGUAAGAAACGAUUGCAUAAAAAAAUGGUCUUUCAUGUACGGAUUUGACAAAAGGUUGAAAAUUGGUAAUACAUUCACUUAUGACAGUGCUCACACAGAUAAAAAAUUGAUUGCAGACACCUUUGAGGCAUAUAUUGGUGGUUUAAUGGAGGAGGAUCCAAAGAAAAAUUUACCAAAGAUCAGAAAGUGGCUACAAAAACUAGCUGAACCAGUUAUCGAGAAACUGAACAAAUCAUUCGAGAUCGCCAACGCGACGCAAGCCCAGAGUGAAGAUGUUAACGCAAAACGAUUAUUAUACUCAUUGAUAGGCUACGCCGCCCUCAACCUACAUUAUAAAACAGUACAAUCGCCAAUAGGCAAACCUAGUGGUACCACCGCCAUUGUGGAAUGUAGGAUAGGUGAUGGCACAGUCCUUGGAAGGGGUGAAGCACAAAAUGUGAAAUUAGCAGGUACAAAAGCAGCUGAAGAUGCUUUGAGCAAAAAGGAAAUGAUUGAAUUUUAUGCCCAAAAACGUGCAGCAAUUCCGAGAUGGGUAUCUGUUAACAGACCACAGUCGAAUACCAAAAAAAAUAAUAAGAAUAAUGAUGUUACUACUCAGACAGCACUUAAGAAUACAAACUACUCAAAUGGGGAGGGCAAAAACCUCAAAACUUCAGAGGGGAAUGAGUUGGUCAGACCAAACAAUGACGGAGCAAGUAACGUGAAGGACAUAAAUUUAUCAUCAAAGGCGAUCAAAGUAACCUCAGAUGGUCGUCUGAUAUUUGAUUAA